CAACACCGUAAUUUAUAUUCUCCUGCUGGUUUUGGUGUGGUCACAGUUGCUAUCAAAACCUGAACAUCUGAUACAAUGGCCAUGCUGCUGCUGUCUGUCAUAGUCGGUUCGCUCACUUUUACCCCAGCUCUGUUUCAAGCGCUAAACCCAUGCCAGUCAAACGCCGUUUUAUCAGGAACAGUUUUACGCAGCUUCGACAACGUGAAGAACUUCAGUGAUAUAGAGAAUGCCUAUUGCGACAUUUCGCUCAGCGAUGGCUGGUAUCGCCUCAAGGUGGACACCAAGGACGUCGACCUGGCCCAAUCUGUACCACCUCCUGGCAGCUGUAAUGCAUAUUAUCCCAUCUGGAUGAACGGAAGUGUACCCACUAUUUUGAACCAGAAGACAUCAGCUAAAGCCUGUAUGGUCACCAGUCAAGAUUCCGACUGUGGAGUAAGCCUUGACAUCGAGGUGAUGAACUGUGGAGAGUACAACGUGUAUUAUUUACGACCUCCCGACACUUGUCCAGCUGCAUACUGCUUGGACAUAAGAGCGCCCUGUCCUGAAGGCACCUCAUCGGAAACUGGCACCUAUCCAGACUGUUCAGUUAAUUUUCCCCGCGUGAAUGUCACACCGUCGGUGGAGCCAUUGCUAGGCAUCAGUGUAGAGAACGCCGCUUUUCAAGAUCUGCGUUUCCAGUGUGUGUUUACUCCCCUGACCCAAGUUAUUUCUACGACAUCGUGUGGAGAAUAAAUGGAGAAGAAGUGACCAGAAUAAUCCAACAACCUUCAGCUAAUCUUCCCGUGACCGCUCAGCUUCUGGAGACGGAAUGGAAGACACGCUACAGGCUUGGCAUAAACAUCGUUACCCGUUACAGGUGCGAUGCUCUGUGAGGGUUAGGGCGUCAGAAGAUGGUAUCCCCAGUCCGGAACAUCACAGUCAGGAAUUCUUCGCUGGUUUGAAAACGUUAACUCCUGCAGUUGAAGUGACAGAGGGAGAAUCAGUUAUAAUUCAGUACCAGGCCACAGUACCCAUCCCCUGCAGAAACAAUAUCCCCUGCACUGUAUUCUUCAUUGAUCGCGCAUAUGAGAAGAUAAAUGGACAGUGUAAAAGGAACAAACCCGGCAAAUGUGGGUUUGAUGUAAAAGCUGUAGACUGGAACGCUAUCGGUGAACUAAGAGUGAUUGGAGAUUAUGAUAACCGGUACGGUGACCGCCUGGCGGAGAUCUCCCUAAAAUCCGCCAAACCAAUCCCGAUGGGCCUCUCAAUGUUUGGACUGACGUCUCUCCCCAAGUGGUAUUAGU